ACCUUUCAAGAGAACGAAGAGUGAUUGUUUGUGCACGGCGGUCUGCGACUUUACACUUGUGAAUUGAAAUCGUUUUGGACAACAUGAAAGAACGAUAUCAGCGAUGAAGCAACCUUAUCGCUAGGUGUGAGAGGGAAUGAAAUGUGAAUGGUUAGUGGCAAUAAAAUUUUAAUCAACACAGCCGUUAUAAGCAUUGACAUAUAUUUCAUGAACCAUUCCCUUCCAAAUGUUGUAUCUCUUCAGCAUUCAGUAACCGCGACCCGAUAUUGCUCUUCAUCGAAUAAACAUACAAUCACACGGCGUGAAAAAGCUGCGUCGGUGUUCGGGAAAUUUUAUUCGGUGCAAGUUGUUUCUUAUGGUGCGAAGCAUUUGGAAACAGUGUGUAACUAAUUAAAAAACAUGAAUCGCACCAAAAGCAAAAACCAACGGAAGGCAAACUCAAAACCGGCGAAGGGAAACUCCACCGAGCCGGUUGCCCAAGCUCCCGAUCAAAGUGGAACGAUGAGUGCGCCUAAAGGCAAAACCAGCCAGCGUAGUGGAAAACCAGGAAGCAAAUUUAAAAAUGUUACAGCAAAGGUGGACUCUGGUCGCGCGCCUACGGAGCUGAAACCACCAGAAUGUAAAAAAUCCGCAGAACCAGUAGUUGACCUACCGCAAAAAAUGGAACGUUCGAACAGUUUUAGCCUUACGCGUAAACUAUCUAAAAUCUACAACAAACUCAGUGCAAGUCGCGAAAGUUUGUCGUCCAGCACUGGAGAAGAAUCAGCAAAACCGUUUCAGUUUACUCGAAGCCUCAGUUUAUCCUCCAUUCAGUUGAAGAAGAAUUAUAGACGCAGUCAUAAUGAAUCAAAUCUGGUAAAACUACAUGAAGAUGCCAUUUUAGAGCAUGCAGAGCAGAGUGAAGAGCCGCCAGAUGUACCUGUCAGAGAGAAAAUCCCUGUGAAAGCUGAAGCCCCGAAACUAGAACGUUCAAACAGUAUCAUCGCUUCCUUCCGACGGAAGAUCAGUUUUAGAUCCGAAAGCAAAUCGAAAAUGCCAUCGAAAUGGAAUACCUCCCUGCAAAACCUACGCCAAGAAGAUUUUAUGGUCAGCUACCAUGAUCUAAGUUUCGUGGAUUACGAUCAGUUCAACCAGUACGAGGCUCAUCUAGAGCGAAGAUUGAGUGCGAGUCAGAGUGAUUUGUCCGCAAGGCAUACCGUUCCAAUGGGUGCUUCCCCAGUUUCUCCUGUUACGGAGGCGUCCAAUGUGCCGGUUAUCAAACGACGCCAAAAGACAGACCACGAUCUGCGACGUAAAACCCUUGUUCGUCAUAGUUUCGAUUUCGAAAACAACUUAGAUCUCGACAAAAAUCUGUACAGAAACAGCAUCGACGAUGAGAAAUUAAAAUUUCUAAGCAAAAUGAAUCGAAAAUCGUUCCGUUGGAGUGCGAAUAUCGAACGCGAUGUGGACGCUCUCAAUCUGGAUAGUUUGGAUCAGUUGAAUGUGUUGAAAAAGCCUUCGGAAGGCCUGCGGCAUGCCGCGUCCGCGGAGGGGGCAAUCGAUGUGUGUGAUAGUGGCAUGGUGGAUGGUGGUGGUGAGGAAAGUGAAAUGGUGGAAAAGCCGAAUGCUGCACCAGAUAGUGUCAGUUUGGGGUAUGUGAGUCGCAGUGAGAGUUUAAAGCGCUCGAAAUCCUGGAAUGACAGCAUUACGAGAAUCAACAGGCCAAUCGAACAGCUGAAAUCUAGGAGUCUGUCACAUUUGGAUAAACUAGAACCUCCAAUAACCACAGCUGGAAAUAUUUCAGCGGACUAUCAACAGUUUGAUAAAUUUAAGAGCGACAACUCGGAUACGUCCAAUACAUCAAUAGCAUCCGCAUCGGGAUCGAUUGGUUACGGCGCUCGAGUGCCGGGUAGCGGCAUUUGCUACCAGAACAGCACCGAGGGUCCAAGUCCAGGUGAUACGGCACUAUCUCCACAGGGCAAGGAGGCGGCCCUGCUGGCGGCGACGACCUCCGGCAGUGCACUUAUCGGGUUGAGUGACAGUGACGGGGGCUGCAUAAAUCCUGCCUACGACAACGGUGACGGAAAUUGCCCCAUCGGGACUAAUGACGUUACCGGGGAGGGUGGCACAGGUGGAGGAGGACCCUGUGCCGCGAUAUGCGGCGAGAGUACGACAAGUACCAGCACCGAGAACUCCAAUCAAACCUGCUGUCUGUCUUCCCCGUCCUGUUCCAAAAACAAAUCUCUAUCUACGACCGUGUCGCUCAAAAAAAAGUCCUCGUCUUUUCUGCAUCGUGAACGCAAAAAACCGGUGCUGACACGAAGUCAAGUUUCCAGCUCGGAGUAUUUCUCGGUAUACUUCGAGUCCGGUGAUAACAAUGGUUUCCGUGAUGAAAUAUUGAUACCGGUAGCGAAGGGGAUUUCUCUGGCCGAUUCCCUGCGUACUUCCCUCUCACAACGAAGUCUCAGCUUCUCCCAAAUCUGUGUGACGGACAAUGGCUUCGGCACUUCACAGGAACUCGGCGUGCCAUACAUGGGACCACUCGAUGCCUAUACCGACAUUUCGAGCUUAGCUGGUCGGUCGUUGAUCGUUUCCGACAAGGAUAGCAUAGGACGCCGGCCGGGCAGUCAUAACACACUGCAGAAGGCAGCUUCCGUAGGCUAUCGGUCAACGUCAAACCGUCUCUUCACGUCCACCUCCACCGAUGAAACGUACGACCAAAGCCCGAAAGCAUCCUCCGCUUCAUCCAACAAACAAUCGAAGCAAAAAUGGACAAUAUCGUUCGGAUCAAAGGGACCACAAAAAUCAAAACUAUGCGAAUUGCUGGACAGCUACAAUAAGGGCAUUCCGAAACUGACGUCUUCCGCCAGCAAUUUCGAUAAACCAGAGUAUUUAGAAGCUUUAGAAGGCCUUAAAAAUUUACCUCAAUCUUGGACGGAUAUUGUCAACUACAAUGGAAUGAGCGAAACGGAGACGAAAAUUCAAUCUGCCAUUUGGGAAUUGGUAACGACGGAAGUUUACUACAUCCUGGCCCUGCAGACUGUUACAGAUCUAUUUUUAGCCUGCCUGGAGGAUAUUCAAUCGCACAACAUCCUUACCGAUGUUGAUCAGAACAAGCUGUUUUCCAACAUACGCGAUAUAUGCGAGUCGAACCUGAAAUUCUGGACCUCGUACCUGUACCCGAUGGUUAAAGACAGCGUGGAAACCAAAGAACCGAUGAGCGUUUACAAAUUUAGGGACGGUUUUAUGGAGUUCCCCGUCAUCUUCACCCCCUACACCAAGUACUGUGCGGAGCAGAGCACUUGCCAGUACUACUGCAAGGAGCUGUACCAAAACAACUCGCUCUUCAUGUCUUACUGCGCGUGGUGUGAGUCGCAGAAAAUGUGCAACCGGCUUCGGCUGGCUGACAUUCUAGUCAGGCCCAUGCAAAGGUUAACGAAGUACGGUUUGCUACUGGCAGCCAUCAGGAAGCACAUAGCCGACGAGAAUGAAGGUGAAGCGAUUGACGAGAUGAUCCACUCGGUGGAAGUGUUUGUGGCCGGCGUCAAUGCGCAUCUAACUACCCGACAGGAGAACGAACGGCUGAAGGGUAUCAACGCCCGCAUCGAGUCGUACGAUGUGGUGGACUCCAACAACGAAAACUUGGACAAAAUGGUCAGACAGUACAGCACGAUGUUCGAUCUGUGUUUGCCCAUGCAAGGAACCAUCGAGGGACGGAAGCUUUUUCUGGAAGGCGAUCUCAAAUUUAAGGACAGUUUGAGCAAAAUCGAUGUUCAUUGCUUCCUACUCACGGACUUUUUGCUGAUAUGCAAAAAGAAUAAACAUGAAAACCUGAAGGUCGUCCGACAACCGUACAUGACUGAUCGGCUGGUGGUUCAAAUCAAAGAACAAACCCUGUGCUGUUGCUAUCUGAACGAUCUCUCAAUGGUGGUGGCCGCAUUCACACUGCAGGGUGCCAAGGCACAGAAUUGGUACGACUCGAUCACGAAAGCUAAACAUAUCUUCACUAGACUGAAACAAGGAAUGGUUGCUGAUGUGCGCCAGUUUGGAAACAUAAUCAACAUAACCAAUGCCAACAGCAAUACGAACAUUAACAAUGACAGUCUCAGCAUACGAAAGUCCCCUCUAAACAGCUCGAUCGGGAGUAGGAUCAGCAGUUUGAACAACAGUCACAGUGGAUCUGUUGAUCUCAACGAAUCCAAACCGGUAUCCAUCGACUUCGAAAAGGCCAAUUCACUUUCCAGCGAUGAAGGUGGAACUGCUGGUUUAUCAAUACAGGGCAAAAUUGGCUCAAUAGGACCAAGGAAAGUUAAAUCCACCGUAACAACGGUGCAGUCAUCUUCGAAUUCGCUCACAGUCCAGCCAUUCAGUGGAUUGGGUCAGAGUAUGCCCAAUUUGAAUUUGAAUUCCACACAAAAUAGCAACACUCUAUCAGUCCCAGGAACAUCUACCAGUUAUUCCCAUUCAGGAAUGGUGCUAUUAUCUCCCAGUCAACGAGGAAUAUCUUACCCACCGCCAUCGCCGACAAGAGCCACUCUUCGGCGGGGAUUUGCGUUCUCCUCGUCAAUCAAGAACCCACCGUUGAUAAAAACUCGCAACGUGGCGUCGCAACAGAGCUUCAUCCUCUCCCAGCAACCAAGCUUCAAUUCGGCCACCCUGGGUCAACAUCAGCAGUGUCUGCAGACGUCCCCCUCGCCUGGCAGUUCACCGAAUGUAGCCUUCGUCAAGCGGAAAAAUAGCUUUCACAGUCCAAGCCAAGGUGGUCAAACAGAUCCGACCACACCCAGUGGCGAUGCCACCUAGUAUAAGCUACUGCCCUCCAGCCGUAGAUAGGACACGUUCUACCUGGUAUCCUACCGUAGGAAAUAGCAUUUACUUCCCUCUCUUCAGUCCAGCUGAAGGGGGCUAUUUGGAAAUUUAGGAUCAAGCGUAUCGCGGUUUUUGUUGAAACGAUACGCGUAUUUGUUGUACAUAAGAAUUUUAACUACCAAAACAGAUUUGGUGCAAAUUAUCAAACAUAUUUUAACCGUACUGAUAAAUUAUAAUGAAAACUGUUUUAUCUCCAACGUGCAUAUUUUAAAUUAUCAAACCAAGAUGUUUUGAACACGGAAAACCAAAACGAUGCUGUGACAAAAUCUAGAAUGCAAGAAGGAAGAAAACGGCGAAACAGAUAAUUUGAUCGAAAAGAUGUAACUUUUAAAGCGAAUGAAGCUGUUUGUUUUCGGAUCCUUCGGUGUAUGUAACAGAAGUAGCGAACCUAGUUUAUCUAGUUUAUCUCACCACUUACACUUUGUGCGACUUAGAAGACAAUUC